AUGCCUGCGACCAUCAACGUCCGUCCCGAUGGCGUGGGAGUUUUGACCAUGGACUCCCCUCCAGUGAAUUCUCUGGGAACGGAGCUAGUGACCUCCAUGAAACAGGAGUUUCCAAAGUUGGUGCAAGAUCCCAAGGUGAAGGCCAUCGUGAUCACCGGAAAAGGCCCCAUGUUCUGCGGUGGUGCCGAGAUUACGGAGUUCGCGAUCAUGGUCGCCAUGGGUCCUGAAAAGAUGAAGGAGAAUAACCCAGUGGCUGCACUUAGCGAAAUGAUGGACAUGAUUGACGCUUCGCCCAAGACCACGGUGGCUGCCAUCAAUGGCCCAGCCUUGGGUGGUGGCUGCGAAGUGAGCCUGGCGUGCCACUACCGCGUCGCUGAUGGCAAGGCCUCUGUUGGUUUCCCAGAGGUGAAUUUGGGCCUACUCCCAGGAGCACAGGGCACUCAGCGUUUGCCUCGUGUGGCGCCGCUGCCCACAGCCAUGCAGAUGAUCUUGCAGGGAAAGCCGCUGAAGGCUGAUGCUGCUCGUAAGAACGGCAUUAUCGAUGCAGUUGCCAAGAAGGACGUCAUCGAAGAGGCGGCGGAGUGGGCCUUGAGCCAUCCACCCGCACCCAUCUCCAAGCGCGAGGUGCACAAGACCAACAGGUUCAUGGUGGCCGCAGGCGGCUUGGAGCAGGGUCUCAACACCGCCGUGAACGCUGCUCCUCUGAUGAUUGCCCCACGCGCCAUCAUCAAGUGCUUCGAGGCCGCUUGCUCCAACAAGUCCUUCCGAGAGGGCCUGCAAGUGGAGAUGGAGCAGUUCACCAACUUGGUCUUCUCCGUGGAAUCUGCGGCCUUGCGUCACCUCUUCCUGUCGGAGCGUUUGGCUCAGAAGGUUCCAGGUAUUGACGAGAAGCCGGCCCCACUGAAGAAGAUUGGCAUUCUGGGCGCGGGCUUGAUGGGCUUCUUGGGACUGAAGCUUUCAACUGCCAUGUGCUUCAUCCAGAAGGGAGUCCCCGUGGUGUUGAAGGAUGCCAAGCAGGAGUGGUUAGACGCCGGCGUCAAGAAGAUCGAAUCUAUGUGGGCUGGUCAGGCGAAAAAGGGACGCUUGAGCAAGGAGAAAUUCAAGGAGUACAUGGGCCCUUCGCCGGCAAUGAUGGACUAUGCGGACUUCAAGGAUGUGGACAUGGUCAUUGAAGCCGUUCCUGAGAUCAUGGACUUGAAGAAGGAGGUCGCUGGGAAGACCCGCAGCUAUUUUCAAAUGGAUUGCCUGAUCUGCACCAACACCAGCGGUCUUAACAUUGAUGACAUUGCUGCUGUGCUGAAGGAUCCAUCCCGAGUCAUGGGCACCCACUUCUUCUCGCCAGCCAACGUGAUGCAGUUGUUGGAGAACAUCCGCACCAGCAAGUCCAGCACGAGGACUUUGGCGACAGGUCGAACUGGGAUCAACGGGAGGUUUCCAUGGGAUAUCCCCAAAAAAGGUGCCACUUCCAAUUUUCACCCCUAUGAAGUUUUCGGAUCCACAGCCUGCGAAGGCAUGGCCAUGGGCAAGUUGAUCAACAAGAAGUGCAUCAUGGUUGGCAACUGCGAUGGCUUUGUUGGCAACCGCAUGGCAGGGAUCCCCGAGCCGAAGAUGGUCUUGGAGGAGGGUGCUACGGUGGAGCAGAUCGACAAAGCAGCCACCACCUUUGGCAUGGCCAUGGGACCCAUGGCACUGGGUGACUUGGUCGGACAGGAGCUCUUCUGGAAGCAGCGCAAGGCGGCUGGUGACAUGAAUAAGCAGACCAAGACCUACUUCGGCCCCUACGAGCUGACCGACUGGCUCUGCGAGUUGGGUCGCUUCGGCAUGAAGACCCCGGAUCCUUCGAUCAAGGCCAAUGGACGUGGCAUUUUCAUCCACCGUGGACGCGACAAGACCGUGGACCCUGAAGUCGUAGCCAAGCUCGACGAGGUGCGAAAAGCCAAGGGUGUCACCCCUCGCCCAGUCAGUGAUGAGGAGAUUGUCGAGAGGCUCUUCUAUCCUUUGAUCAACGAGGGUUUCAAGAUCUUGGAAGAAGGCUUUGUCGCUCGCUCUUCCGACAUCGACCUGGCGUACAUCUAUGGCUACGGCUUUCCGCCAUCCAAGGGAGGACCCAUGUUCUUCGCUGAAAACUACGUGGGUUUCCAGAAGAUCUUGGAACGUCUCAAGGUCUAUGACGCACAGGCGAAGGAACGAUAUACCAAGAACUCCGCCUACCUGCCCAUCGACUACUUCGUGCCAUCCAAGCUCUUGGAGGCAUGUGCAGCCAAGCAAGGAACCAAGGUCUUCCCAGGACAGACCUUGAUUGAUGUGGUGCUGAAGGAUUUCCGGAAGAGUCAUGAUGGAGCUGGUCCUUUCUCGAAGCUGUAAGGUGGAACUAAGUGGCGAGCAGGAACGCCCGUCGCGCUGCUAACGCGUUGCCAACACGACCCCCUGCCGCGAGCAGCAGGUGGCUGAUGAGCGGCUGAAGAAAGGGGGGCGCUUUGCACCGCGUGUCGCAACGCGGCGCGGUCGACGCUGCCUCGCCAAUGUUUGAAGCGAAUUGCGGUUUUGAAUUUCAGGUCCCCUGUGGAAGGCUCAAAGUGGCUUCUGGUUUUUAGGCUAAAGUUCAAGCUAU